AUGCAUACAUCAACCCUCCUCGCAACCCUCCUCCCCGCCGCAGGAGCCUUCGCUCAAUACGGCUACGGCGCACAAGAAUCCUCCACAAACACCGCCACCGCCGCCGCCUCCUCCUCCUCCAGCAUUGCCGGCGUCCACGUCGUCAAGGUCGGCGACGGCGGCCUCACCUUUGAGCCCAACAGCAUCACCGCCGCCGUCGGCGAGGUCGUCGAGUUCCACUUUUACCCCCGCGCCCACUCCGUCGCUCAGUCGGCCUUUGACUCGCCUUGCCAACCGCUGACCAACGGAUCCACGACGGGCUUCUUCAGCGGUCCGGUUCAGGUUGCGUCUGGUGUUGGGUCGGAGGUGUUCACUGUUGAGGUCAAGGAUACGAAUCCCAAGUGGUUUUAA